UUUGUAUGCUUUAGCAUGUUUUUUGUGAGAACUGUGUCCUCCAAUGGUUUGAUAGAGAGAGGACUUGCCCGCUGUGUAGGGCGAGUAUUGCUUGCGAUCCAAAAUGGCGGGACGGUUCUACGUCUGCUUGGCCACAACUAUUUUAAGACGGCAUCACAUUUAAGAGCUCUCUCUCCUGUUUUCAUUCUUAACUGUUAUAAAUAAAUCUUUUUGUUUCAUUUCUUCUUUUUCCUCCCUUCCCCCCCUCUCUCUCUCUCUCAUCUGUUCACUGUAUUAUAAUUAUUAUUCAUUAUUAUUGUUAUUAUUAUUAUUAAUAAUAAUUAUUGCAAUAAAUUUUUUUGAUGAGGAAAUAAACGUAUAAAGUAAUCAACUCAUUUCAUUUUGUUCAGUUUUACCUUGAAUGUAAUGCAGCCCUGGGCAGUUUUCUGUAUUAUUAUUAUCAUUGCAACUUGUGGAAGUGGAGAAAACAGUUGUUAUGAAGGAGACUUGAGAGUUGAUCCAGGCAAUGGGCCUAUACUGCAAUUCUGCAGCGGAGGGAUUUGGGGGUAUAUGUGUGCCAGUAAUAAUAUCAAACAGAAUAAAAUUAAUGCAGAUGUUGCUUGUCAACAGUUGGGAAAGAAGCUAUCAAAAGGAGAUAUCACUAAUGUCACCAGUAAUACUCGACUUUCGCCUAUUUAUUACUAUAACUUUUUUGCAUGCACUGGAUAUGAAACAAAACUGAAAGAAUGUCGUACUCCUGUUAUAUACAAUACAUUUAAUGGGAGAUGCAGGAAUGAUCUUUAUGCUGCUGCCGUAUGCGAACCAGCAGAGUGCAGGAAUGGAGAUUUAACUGUGAACAAGUCAAGGAACCAGUUUCCACUUCAGUUCU